AUGGCGAUGGCCGCGCGGCCACAGACGCCCUCACAGGAUGCAUACAUGGUCCCGCACCCCAACGAUCCGGGGGCUUUGAGUCGCGGGUACGGCCCGCGCUCUACCUUGUCACGACCGAAUUCCUUCGCCGGCACAUCAGCAUACUACAGCUCCGGCGCCCUCGAGUCGUCGCAGGUUCCCCACAACCCCCGGUUCAAAGAGGACUUCGAUACCGCCAGUCACCGCAGCUCGGUGUUUGACGGCCCGGCUGGAAUGCAGAGGUCUGCCUCCACCAUGUCGCACGUGCGCUCCCCAACCCCAUCCCGUUCGGGUACCUUGCGGAAGAAGGCCUCGCUGAGCAAGAAGGGGAGCUUGCGGCGCAAUGGGAGCCGGAGAAGCAUGCGCGCAGGAAGUGUGAGGAGUCUGAGCUUGGGUGAUCGCGAAAAGUACCACACCGAGGGUUCGAACGAUCUCAGCAGUGCUUUCGUGACUCCGGUCCCUACAAAUGGCAACCCGACCGAGGUACUGGCAAAUCGGUUUGGAGCUUGGCGCAAGCUCCUGAAGGACUUGAUUCUAUUCUUUAAGGAGGUCCAGAAAUCAUACGAAACUAGAGCGAAGCUGUUCCUUUCCGCCUCGAGUGUCGUUAAUAACCAGACCCUUCCACCGGGUUUGCUUCAGUCGGGUGGUCUGGCCGAUGCGACGGAGAUCCUCCAGAAUUUCCACCGACAGGGUUAUACCGAGGCCAAUAAAGCUGUUGAAGUGGAGGUCGAGGUCAUCAGUCAAUUGACUGGCCUCCGCAGCGAUCUCCAGAAGAAGACUAAGGAGAUCAAGAGUCUUUCGGGCGAUUUCAAGAAUACCGUCGACAAGGAGAUCGACGGCACGCGCAGAUCUGUACGAAACUUGCAUGAGGCUCUUGGGCUUGUCGAUACCGAUGCCUCUGCGACAUCAGGCAAAGGUGAUCCAUUCAUCCUGCGCCUGCACGUGGAGAAACAGGUCGAGAAACAGAUUGAGGAGGAGAACUACUUGCAUCGGGCAUUCUUGAACCUGGAGAACUCUGGUCGUGAACUGGAGGGGAUUGUAGUGAGCGAGAUCCAGAAAGCAUACAAUGCUUAUGCUAGUAUCCUCCGACGCGAAGCUAAUGAAGCUCUUGACACUGUUGAGAAGCUUCAGGCGGGUCCGAUCUCCAUGCCCCAGGAUCACGAGUGGAACCAGUUUGUCGCCGACACAGAUGAGCUCGUUGACCCCGGAUUCCUCUCCGGGAUGGCUGGGAUGUUGGAGCGCAAGAGCAAGUAUCUCAAGAGUUAUACUCCUGGCUGGUAUGUUUUGUCGCCGACGCAUCUGCACGAGUUCAAGUCGGCGGAUCGUGUGGCAUGGCAGACGCCUGUUAUGUCGCUUUAUCUGCCAGAGCAGAAACUCGGCUCCCACUCGCAGGAAGAUUCAAGCUCCCACAAGUUCAUGCUGAAGGGUCGACAGACCGGCGCAAUGCACCGAGGCCAUUCGUGGGUCUUCCGCGCCGAAUCUCACGAAACCAUGAUGUCCUGGUAUGAAGACAUCGAGGGCUUGAGCAACAUGACGGGGGAAGCACGAAAUGCCUUCGUCCGACAGCACGUCCGCAGCGUGAGUGGAAAGUCGACGAACAAUGAGGUAAUGGAAGAUGACGAAGCCGACCGCACUCCAUACUCCGCGGGGUCUGCGGUCAUGGCUCAAGACCGACCCACAUCCUCUCGCCAAGCUGGAGGGGCGUUUCCCAGCGACGUCCAACUUGACCGGAACCUCCAGGCGCCCUUGUCACCUUCCAGCGGGGACAGCUCCGCUGGCAAAGACAUGUUAGGAGCUACUGGGUCCUUCCCUGACGGGUCCAGUGCAGUUGAUGACAACUUGCGACCAGUAGCUAGCCGCGAGGGAGACAGUUCCUACCAAAGCUACGGGUCCAACGAAGGGGCCAAUGAAAAGUCCCGCCCUAAAGCUACCCAACAUGAUAGCUACUACGGCGACUGGAUCGGCCCGUCCGUGAUAGUGGCCAAGCAGAGGCAGAGCCAGCAGCUGGAAAACUCGAACCAGGAUGACCGCGAGAUCCGGUCUGAUGGGGACCAGGCUUCCCUCGCUGCCAUCGCGGGUGUCGGUAUUGCUGAUCGUCGCGAUCACUCGGCUCCUGCCCAGAUUGAUCGCCGGGAGAGUGUCUCUACGGCGCCUACGAACACUAAUGCGACUGAGUUCACAAACAAUACCAAUCCUACCUCGGUAGAUGAUCAGGAGCUCGAGCUCCCUAAGACCCAGACCCAUGGCCUUGGGAAUGGUUCUAUCAACCAAGGUCCUGAGUCAGACAGUGCAGCCAAGGUUCCGUCCGAUUUGCUGCGUUCCAAUACAGACAACACUGUUGCCCUGGACAUGAAGAUGCCUGGCCGUUAUCCUCGUACCAAUGUGGCUGCAUAG